CAGAAACUGCUCUGUAUGUGUCCAGUGGAUUUCCAUGGGAUUUUCCAGUUAGAUGAACGUCGCAGAGAUGCUGUUAUUGCUCUAGGAAUCUUUCUAAUUGAAUCUGACCUUCAGCACAAAGAUAAUGUGGUUCCUUACCUCCUCCGACUUCUGAAGGGUCUUCCCAAAGUCCAGUGGAUAGAAGAAAGCAAUGCACGGAAAGGCAGAGGUUUGCUUCCAGUUGCGGAAAACUUCAGCUUCUGCUUGGUGACUUUGUUAUCAGACGUUGCUUACAGGGAUGCAUCUCUCCGAGAGCAGAUUUUAGAUGCAAUUCUACAAGUAAUGCAGUUCCUGUUGGGAAUGUGCCAGACCCCGCAAAUGCAUGAUAAAGAAUAUUUAUGCAAGUAUGCAGUACCCUGCCUGAUAGGAAUUUCUCGAGCCUUUGGUCGCUACAGCAAUUCAGAGGAGGCUCUCCUUUCAAAGCUUUUUCCAAAAAUUCCCCCGCAUUCCCUAAGGGUUCCAGAAGAGCUUGAAGGAAUUCGCCGACGAUCCUUUAAUGAUUUCAGAUCAAUUCUUCCCAGUUCUCUACUCACUGUUUGCCAGGAAGGAACACUAAAGAGAAAGGCUAGCAGCGUAUCUAGCAUCUCACAGGUUAGUCCUGAACGUGGAAUUCCCCCUCCCAGCUCUCCUGGAGGAUCUGCAAUUCAUUACUUUGAAGGUUCAUAUCUUCCUGAUGGGAGUGCACUGGAUCCUGAUUAUUACUUCUCUACAAUCAGCUCCAGCUUUUCAGUUUCGCCUCUCUUCAAUGGCAUUAACAAUAAAGAGUUUAACAUCCCACUGGAAAUGCUCCGUCAGCUGUUGAACAUGGUAAAACAGAUUGUUGGGGGUUCUCUGCUAAAGACCUUAGAUGCAGUUGUAGCUGAAGUUGCAGAGACGGGUGCUAAUACAGAUCUCUAUUAUAAAACAUUCAGUGAUCCUCUUUAUCUUGCUCAAUUUAAAAUGCUCAGAGACACAUUAUACUAUAUGAAAGACCUUCCCAACUCAUUUGUGAAGGAAAUACAUGAUUUUGUGCUAGAGCAAUUCAACAGCAGUCAAUCAGAACUUCAGAAAAUCCUUCAUGAUGUGGAUCGAUUGCACAACGAACUGAGUCCUUUAAAACUGCGUUGUCAGGCUAAUGCUGCCUGUGUGGAUCUCAUGGUGUGGGCUGUGAAAGAUGAGCAAGGUGCAGAAAACCUAUGCAUCAAGUUAUCAGAGAAGCUGCAGUCGAAAACCUCAAGCAAAGUCAUCAUUGCUCACUUGCCACUGCUAAUUUGCUGUUUGCAGGGUCUAGGUCGUUUGUGUGAGAGGUUCCCUGUUGUGGUUCAUUCUGUCAAUCCAUCCUUGAGAGACUUUCUUGUGAUACCUUCCCCAGUACUUGUGAAACUUUACAAGUAUCAUAGCCAGUAUCACACAGGCGGUAAUGAUAUCAAGAUUAGUGUAACCAACGAGCAUUCAGAGUCCACUCUAAACGUAAUGCCUGGCAAGAAAAGUCAACCAUCCAUGUAUGAGCAGCUGCGUGACAUUGCCAUAGACAACAUCUGCAGAUGCUUGAAAGCUGGCUUGACUAUAGAUUCGGUGAUUGUUGAGGCCUUUCUUGCCAGUUUAUCUAACCGUCUGUACAUCUCUCAAGAGAGUGAUAAGGAAGCUCAUUUGAUUCCUGACCACACAAUUCGUGCUCUAGGGCACAUUGCAGUGGCACUGAGGGACACCCCAAAAAUGAUGGAACCCAUCCUACAGAUCUUGCAGCAGAAGUUUUGCCAGCCACCUUCUCAUCUUGAUGUACUCAUCAUUGAUCAGCUGGGCUGCUUGGUCAUCACUGGAAAUCAAUAUAUUUACCAGGAGGUGUGGAAUCUGUUUCAGCAAAUCAGUGUUAAAGCAAGCUCAGUUGUUUACUCUGCCACAAAAGAUUAUAAGGAUCAUGGAUACAGACACUGUUCCUUAGCAGUCAUUAAUGCCCUAGCUAACAUCGCUGCUAACAUUCAAGGAGAACACCUUGUGGACGAACUACUGAUGAACUUGCUGGAACUGUUUGUUCAGCUUGGGCUAGAAGGAAAGAGAGCUAGUGAGAGAGCAAGUGAAAAAGGACCGGCACUGAAGGCCUCCAGUAGCGCAGGGAAUCUGGGUGUGCUUAUUCCUGUUAUCGCUGUGCUCACUAGACGCUUGCCACCCAUCAAGGAGGCCAAGCCCAGGUUGCAAAAGCUGUUCCGUGACUUCUGGUUGUAUUCAGUGCUGAUGGGAUUUGCUGUGGAAGGAUCAGGUCUCUGGCCAGAAGAAUGGUAUGAAGGUGUAUGUGAAAUUGCCACCAAGUCUCCAUUGCUCACGUUUCCCAGCAAAGAGCCACUUCGAUCUGUUCUUCAGUACAAUUCUGCCAUGAAGAAUGAUACUGUGACUUCUGCUGAAUUAAAUGAAUUGCGGAGUACCAUAAUAAAUCUCUUGGAUCCUCCUCCAGAAGUGUCAGCGUUGAUCAAUAAGUUGGACUUUGCCAUGUCUACCUAUCUCCUUUCUGUUUACCGCCUAGAGUAUAUGAGGGUGUUGCGUUCAACUGACCAAGAUCGCUUCCAAGUUAUGUUUUGCUAUUUUGAGGAUAAAGCAAUUCAAAAAGACAAAUCUGGCAUGAUGCAGUGUGUGAUAGCUGUUGCUGAUAAGGUGUUUGAAGCUUUCCUGACAAUGAUGGCUGAUAAACCUAAAACUAAGGAGAACGAAGAAGAGCUGGAGAGACAUGCUCAGUUCUUGCUGGUGAAUUUUAACCACAUUCACAAAAGGAUCAGGAGAGUUGCAGACAAAUACUUAUCUGGUCUGGUAGACAAAUUUCCUCACUUGCUGUGGAGUGGAACUGUACUGAAGACUAUGCUAGAUAUUCUGCAGACGCUGUCACUGUCUCUUAGUGCAGACAUUCACAAGGACCAACCAUAUUAUGACAUUCCUGAUGCUCCAUAUAGAAUAACUGUCCCUGACACACAUGAAGCCAGAGAGAGUAUAGUCAAGGAUUUUGCUGCACGCUGUGGGAUGAUUCUGCAAGAAGCAAUGAAAUGGGCUCCCUCAGUUACCAAAUCUCAUCUGCAGGAGUACCUAAACAAACAUCAGAACUGGGUAUCAGGUUUGUCCCAGCACACAGGGCUGGCUAUGGCUACAGAAAGCGUUUUGCACUUCGCAGGCUACAACAGACAGAACACCACACUGGGC